AUGACUGUGGUGUCCCAGGACAACCUUGAAGAGACUGUGGUCGUUGCUCCGUUGUUGCAAGAUGCCGCUGACCUGGAACCGGCGGACCAGGAGUGCAGCGAGAGGGUUAUCAUCAACAUCUCAGGUCUUCGCUUUGAGACCCAGUUAAAGACCCUCUCCCGUUUCCCGUCCACGCUUUUAGGAGAUCCGCGUAAAAGGAUGCGCUUCUUUGACCCUUUGAGGAACGAGUACUUCUUUGACAGGAACAGGCCGAGCUUUGACGCCAUCCUCUAUUAUUACCAGUCAGGCGGGAGGCUGCGCAGGCCCGUCAGUGUGCCCGUGGACAUUUUCCUGGAAGAAAUAAAGUUUUACGAACUUGACGAAGAGGUUAUAGAGUUCUUCCGAGAAGACGAGGGUUUGGUGAAAGAAGAGGAUCGCCCCCUGCCGAAAUAUGAAUUCCAGCGUCAGCUGUGGCUGCUGUUUGAGUAUCCGGAGAGUUCAGGACCUGCGCGGAUAAUCGCCAUCGUGUCCGUGAUGGUGAUUUUGAUAUCCAUUAUAAUAUUCUGCUUGGAAACAUUACCCGAGUUUAGAGAUGUCGCCACGGUGCACAACACUAACAGUAACGUCAAUGGAAGUGCGCACGGGAAAACGGUCAGUCCGUUUACAGAUCCGUUCUUCAUGGUGGAGACACUUUGCAUCAUCUGGUUCUCCUUCGAAUUCACCAUGAGGUUUCUGUCGUGCCCCAGCAAAGCCGCUUUCUUUAAGAACAUCAUGAACUUGAUAGACGUGGUGGCAAUCGCGCCUUAUUUUAUCACCCUGGGUCUGGACCUGGCAGAACACCAGGGGAGCAGCCAGCAAGCUGCGUCACUGGCCAUACUGAGGGUAAUCCGUCUGGUCCGAGUUUUCAGAAUUUUUAAACUUUCCAGACACUCCAAAGGCCUGCAGAUUCUCGGCCAAACACUUCAUGCAAGCCUGAGGGAGCUGGGACUGCUGAUAUUCUUCCUGCUCAUAGGAGUGGUUUUAUUCUCAAGUUCCGUCUAUUUUGCAGAGGCGGAGGACCCAGAGUCUGGAUUCUCGAGUAUACCAGAUGCGUUUUGGUGGGCUGUGGUAACAAUGACCACAGUUGGAUACGGAGACAUGUGCCCCUCCACCAUCGGAGGUAAAUUUGUCGGAUCUUUGUGCGCCAUCGCCGGAGUUCUGACCAUAGCUCUACCCGUGCCUGUCAUAGUGUCCAAUUUUAAUUAUUUCUACCACAGAGAGAACGACGAGGAGGACAACGUUCAAUACGUACACGUGACUUGCGGCCAGCAGCCGCAGCAUCACUCUUUUAGUGAUUGUGAUUCCACUAAAAGUAAUCAGUCUCUCUCUAAACCGGAGUCCAACCGAGACCUAAGCGAGCUGGAAGCACUGACAUAUCCGAACAUGAAUCCAAUGGAGACGUACACUGUGAGGCUGUCUGACGUAUAAGUGCAUCGCUGGAACGCAUUUUA